CCCCUCGAUUUGAUUUCCUUUUCCUUUUUUUCGCUCGCUAUUACAUUACGGAGUAUUCCUCCCUCCAUUUGAUUUCUUAGAUUUCCUCUCCAAAUUCACUCUUCCCCUUUCCCACUUUCAAUCCGGAUUGUUAAGGAAUCUUUUUCGAAUCCUCCCUAUUUGUUAAUUUAAUCCAAUUCGAUCCCUCUUUCAACCACCCUGCUUGCCUGCCAGGGAAGAUUAAUCAAUCAAUCAAUCGAUCGAUCCAUCGCCGAUAUGAAGCCGCCGAGGAGGCCGAUCCAAGCUGUAAUCGCAUGGCUCCGGCGGCAGCCACCUAAGGUCAAGGCCUUCAUCGCCGUUAUUAGCGGCAUGGCCGCCCUUGUCCUCCUCCGCGCUAUCGUUCACGACCACGACAAUCUCUUCGUCGCCGCCGAGGCUGUGCAUUCCGUCGGAAUUACCGUUCUUAUCUACAAAUUGACCAAGGAGAAGACUUGCGCCGGGCUUUCACUCAAAUCUCAGGAGUUAACGGCGAUAUUUUUGGCUGCUAGAUUAUAUUGCAGCUUUGUUAUGGAAUAUGACAUACACACUCUGCUUGAUAUGGCUACCCUCGCCACAACUUUGUGGGUUAUUUUUAUGAUGCGGUUUAAGCUCAAUUCAAGUUACAUGGAGGAUAAAGACAAUUUUGCGCAUUAUUUUGUGUUGGUUCCUUGUGCUGUUUUAGCUUUACUUAUCCACCCGUCUACCUCGCAUCACAUGGUCAACAGGAUCACCUGGGCUUUCUGUGUCUAUCUGGAAUCCGUUUCCAUUCUACCUCAGCUGCGUGUCAUGCAAAACACUAAGAUUGUUGAACCAUUCACUGCACAUUAUGUCUUUGCACUUGGUGUGGCACGGUUCUUGAGCUGUGCUCAUUGGGUACUCCAGGUUCUCGACAGCCGCGGCCAUCUCCUCGUGGCGUUGGGUUACGGCCUCUGGCCUCCGAUGGUUCUUAUAUCAGAAAUCGUUCAAACGUUCAUUCUAGCCGACUUUUGCUAUUACUAUGUAAAAAGUGUUUUUGGCGGUCAGCUCGUGAUGCGGCUUCCAUCCGGGGUCGUGUAAAUAGGGUCCUGUUUUGUUAUCAGUAGCAACUCCCAGACAAGCCGAGUCGAGUCUAAUCGAAUCGAAAAGGUGAUGGCUUGCAAGGGUUUUUUGUGUGUGUUUUAAGCAGUCAGUCUUAAGAGCAAAUUGUAUCAUACUUGAUUUUAUUCAUCUUUGGGACUUGAAAGAUCUAUCUAUCUAUCUAUCUAUAUUUGAUAAUCUGUAUAAUUAUUGAUUUAUGGUUUUAGAGAUGAGAAUUUCAGUCCAA